AUGGCCAAACUAAGCUUUUUGUUUGAACCCUUUUCCAUAUUCUUCUUCGUCGCGCGUUCUCUUUGUUGUCCUCCAUAUCAGAAAGAAGCCCUCCGCCAUUUCAAAUUUCUGUUACUUGGAAACUCUUCCUUUCCAUAUUCUUCUUCGUCGCCCGUUCUCUUUGUUGUCCUUCUUUAUCAGAAAGAAGCCCUCCGCCAUUUCAAAUUUCUGUUGCUUGGAAACUCUUCCUCCAUUUCUAACAUGGAGCUUUAUGGGAAUGACAACUUCACUUCUGAUUGCUGUCAGUGGGGACUAGUAGGCUGUACUUCGCAAAAGGUUACUCAUCUUCACUUGUCUGGGCUCAUUCCCUCACUAGACUUGAAAAAAGUAGUGACAUCUGAUGUUUUAGCUCCACUUUUUCACUUGCAAACACUCAUUUCACUAGACAUUUCUAAAAAUGAUAUACAUGGUGAAAUCCUGAGAGUUGGGUUUGCCAAUAUAAGUAGCCUUGAAUACCUUGACAUGGAUGGAAAUAGUUUCAAUGGCUCCCUUCCUCCCCAUUUGUUUUCUUUAUGGCAUCUGGCGACAAUCAAUUUGGAUUAUAACUUAAUCCAUGGAUCGAUUCCUACACAGAUUGGAAUCCUCUCUAAUUUGGUUGCGAUGUCACUUUACAGUAACAAAAUUUCUGGAGCAAUUCCACCAUCGCUAUUCCAUUUGAAAAGCACACUUUCACUAUUGAAUCCUGGGGGAAACAAACUUGUUUUGAGAAAUGUGAGAAUAUCACCGAGGAGCAUGUUACACAGACUAUCAUUGAGAUCUUGCAAUCUUGCAGGGCAAAUUCCCAUUUGGAUUUCCAACCAGAUCAAGCUUUUUUUCUUGGACUUGGGAUUAUCGCCAGAUACUAUAGGUCAAGCCAAUGAAAUGAGGAUACUCAUGUUGUCAGGUCCUACGACUUUUCCUUUGGGCAUAAAAGUGCUUGUGUUAAGCCAAAAUGAGUUUUCUCAUGUCUUGCCUCAAAACCUCUCAAAUUUCAACCAGCUUUAUUACCUUGAUCUCCGUGGCAACAACAUUGGAGGUGAAAUUCCUGACAGUUUAGGUGGAUUGAAAAAUUUGAAGUCAGUGAACUUAUCACAAAACAAAUUCUUUGGAAGAAUACCUUUGAGUUUUGGUGAUUUGGAAAGCUUAGAAAGCUUGGAUUUAUCACACAACAAUCUCUUUGGUGAAAUUCCUUACACAUUGGCAAAUCUCUUUGAGCUGAGUUACUUAGACUUGAGUAAAAAUAAAUUGGAGGGUUGCAUACCAGGUGGUCCUUAG